AGGGAGCGCGCCCCCGCCCCUCCCCGGCCCCCGCUGCUGCGGCGCCGUGCCGGGCCCCCCUUCCCGUCGGCCCCCGCGGGGAGCUUCUGGGCCUCCCGCCUCGUCCUCCGGACCGGGGCCGCAGCAGGUGCACUACGCCAGCUCCCUUCUGGGGGCGGCGGCCUGGGGGCUGCCAUGGCCCCCAGCCACCUGUCUGUGCGGGAGAUGAGGGAGGAUGAGAAACCCCUGGUGCUGGAGAUGCUGAAGGCUGGCGUAAAGGACACAGAAAACCGCGUGGCCCUCCAUGCUUUGACAAGGCCACCGGCCCUUCUCCUCCUGGCGGCGGCCAGCAGCGGCCUGCGCUUCGUCCUGGCCUCCUUCGCCCUGGCCCUCCUGCUGCCGGUGUUCCUGGCUGUGGCCGCAGUGAAGCUAGGCCUGCGAGCCUGGUGGGGCUCUCUGCCUCCGCCGGGCGGCCUAGGGGGGCCCUGGGUGGCUGUGAGGGGCUCUGGCGAUGUGUGCGGGGUCCUGGCCCUCGCCCCCGGCACCAAUGCAGGCGAUGGAGCCCGGGUCACCCGCCUCUCUGUCUCACGCUGGCACCGCCGCAGGGGAGUGGGUAGGCGACUCCUGGCCUUUGCUGAGUCUCGGGCUCGAGCCUGGGCAGGGGGCAUGGGGGAGCCCCGGGCUCGGCUCGUGGUCCCAGUGGCUGUGGCCGCCUGGGGGGUGGCAGGGUUGCUGGAGGGCUGUGGCUACCAGGCCGAGGGGGGCUGGGGCUGCAUGGGCUACACGCUGGUGAGGGAGUUCAGCAAAGACCUGUGACCUGUGGGAGGGGCAGGGGCGGGGGGCGGGGAAGAGCCCCUAACAAGCUCCUACUGGGCGGGCACCAGCACAGCCACGCCCCAGUGACCCCUAGCAGAGACCUGCCGAGGACCCCAGGCCCAGACACCCACCCCUCCACCUGCCCACCGGUGCUCAGUGUGGAACAAAUCCCUCUCCCCUUGUGGCUAGAGGUGCCGUCAGAGGUCAACCUCAGUCCCCUGCCUCAGAUUCUGUCUGCACUGAGAAACCUCCCUGGUCUGUCUGCAGAGCCCGAGCUGUCUGUGCUGCUGGCCCGGGAGAGAGCUGCCCUGAGUUAGGAUUCAGGCAGGGUGCCCCGGAGGAGACCUCCCUGGGAACGGCGGCCGGUGGGCACAGGGCCUCCAGUCCGUCUGGUUUUUACGGUUUGUUAAUAAAGACUGAAACUGCUGUGUGCUGCCUCA